UUUCAGUGGAGUUUAAGUCUGGGCUCUGAAUAAGCCAUGCAAGGAUAUUCACCCUUUUCUCCUUCAACCACUGUGUGCUUUGAUUUAUUGUCAUGUUUGAAAGUUAACCUUCUUCCCAUUGACAACUUUGACGAGUGAGCGACUACAAUGUCCUGAACUCUGCACAUGGCUAACCAUUGAUUUGAGGCAAGGGGCUGCUGCUGUUGUGUGAAUAAGUAAGUGAUUGUUCUGUACAUGGUUGGCAACUGCACAAAGGCAAGGGGCUUCUGAUAUCCUGCGAAUUAGUGAGCGAUUGGAACCCCUCCAUGCUCUGCACAAAGCUGGCGCUGCUUUGAGGAACCUGACCCGGACGACUUGCUACCAAAGUCCUUAGGGCCUUGCUUACUGGAGGGUAGAUGAACUCAGGUAGCACUGCCUCCGUGUGGAGAAAGCCAGUGAAUAUUCAUUCUGAAGGAGACACUGGAGGUUUAGGUGAACAAGGGGGACACAGGAAUUGAGACGUCGCAACACCAUCUCCUAAAUUUCUGUCCCAAGCUGCCAUGCCUUCCGUCUCCACGUCUUAAUGGCAAAGGUGAAGAAGUGAACGGACAGCUUAUCAAUACAAUAUGAAAAUGUUAUACUCACUGGAACUCUUCAGGGGAUGGGAAUCCAGACACCUUCCACCGAAGAGCGUACCUUCGACAGUGAAUGAUAAGAGGCUUCUUGAAAACAGCAUCUCUAAGUGAAGGAGAACGAUUCUGAGGGACGCGUCAAGAAAAUUAUGCAAAAGGAUACAGAGGUUGGACGAAUCGCUACAGCUGUGCCAGUCAUCAUAUCUAAAGCUUUAGAGAUCUUCCUCCGAUCCCUCCUGAGCAUGACCUGUAAAAUAACCCAAUCCAGGAACAGCAGGGUGAUGUCCAUCAAUCACAUGAAACAGUGCAUUCAUUCAGAGAAGCUGUUUGACUUCCUGAAGGAUUCGGCAGAUCAGGCCUCCACUGCAUCAACACCAGAGUGCAAAACUAAGGGAAAAUGGCAGUCACACAGGAAACGUUGGCAAAGUGUGUCUAUCAAAGCCAGGUCCCCGGAGAGAGAGGAGCCGCCUCAGAAAGCCACCAAUGAUGUGGUCAUCAACAGCGAUUCAUCCAGUGAGUCUGAGCUGUUCAUCUGCUUGGAAACUCAUUCACCUUGACCAGGCGUUCGAAAAGUUUGACAAGAUCGAACAAUCUCUCGAUGAAAACUGCAGUAUUGUUUGUGAAGAUCCAACAUUUUUUUUGGGGGGGGGGGGGGGGGGGGUGUUAUUGUUAUUCUUAGCAUCUGAUAUAUUUUAUUUUUUUAAUUUGUGAAAUUGCUCUGUUGUGGUAUUAAGAUUGACCAUGCAAUUAAUUAUAUAAUUUUUGUUUUCUAGUUUUCCAGGGAGUUUUAAAUUCCGAUAAGGAAGAAUAUCAUUUGUUUAUUAUAGUAGAGAUUUUGUGAUUUUGAGCAGCUCCACUAAUUUGCUUUCAGUUGGAUUCAUAAUUAAAACUGUAGAUUGAACGGUC